CUCAUCAAACCCCUCCCGUGGGCAGGUUCCAUAUUGGGUAAAAUCUCGGCUCGCAGAGAGUCCCAGGAGCUGUUCUCGCGAGAGUACAGCGAGAGGCUUCUGUUCUCUGGGUCUGGAACGGCGACCACUGGAACCUCAGCGGGCGCAGCAGCUGGAGCUAUAGUCCCGUGGCGCAGACGGGAGUCGGCCUGGUUGAGGAGAGGGUGCAGGUAGAGCGUGGCGGGCGCAGGCUUGAGCCCCAGAGCGCGCCCCUGCCCUUAGCAAGGCUUGCCCCAGUCUCCAAAGGCGCGACCAGCAGCUGCAGCUGACAGGAGCAGCGCGCGCGGGAGUCGGCGAGGUCGCGGCAGCCGCACCUGCGCAGGCGGCCAGUGCGGGAUCCCGGCCGCAUCGGGUGGGCAUCGCGGGCCAAGGAGCGGGUGCGGGUGCAGGCGGGGCCCCGGAGGGCCACCUCCUCGCCCGCGGCCGCCGCUGGAAGAUGUCUCAGGAAAGGCCCACGUUCUACCGGCAGGAGCUGAACAAGACAAUCUGGGAGGUGCCAGAGCGUUACCAGAACCUGUCUCCGGUGGGCUCCGGCGCCUAUGGCUCCGUGUGUGCUGCUUUUGACACAAAAACUGGGUUACGUGUGGCAGUGAAGAAGCUAUCCAGACCAUUUCAGUCCAUUAUUCAUGCCAAAAGGACCUACAGAGAACUGCGGUUACUUAAACAUAUGAAACAUGAAAAUGUGAUUGGUCUGUUGGAUGUUUUUACACCUGCAAGGUCUCUGGAGGAAUUCAAUGAUGUGUAUCUAGUGACCCAUCUCAUGGGGGCAGAUCUGAACAACAUUGUGAAAUGUCAGAAGCUUACAGAUGACCAUGUUCAGUUCCUUAUCUACCAAAUUCUCCGAGGUCUCAAGUAUAUACAUUCAGCCGACAUAAUUCACAGGGACCUAAAACCUAGUAAUCUAGCUGUGAAUGAAGACUGUGAGCUGAAGAUCCUGGAUUUUGGACUGGCUCGACAUACAGAUGAUGAAAUGACAGGCUAUGUGGCCACUAGGUGGUACAGGGCUCCUGAGAUCAUGCUGAACUGGAUGCAUUACAACCAGACAGUUGAUAUUUGGUCAGUGGGAUGCAUAAUGGCCGAGCUGUUGACUGGAAGAACGUUGUUUCCUGGUACAGACCAUAUUAACCAGCUUCAGCAGAUUAUGCGUCUGACGGGGACACCCCCUGCUUAUCUCAUUAACAGGAUGCCAAGCCAUGAGGCAAGAAACUAUAUUCAGUCUUUGACCCAGAUGCCGAAGAUGAACUUUGCAAAUGUAUUUAUUGGUGCCAAUCCCUUGGCUGUUGACUUGCUGGAGAAGAUGCUUGUAUUGGACUCAGAUAAGAGAAUCACUGCAGCCCAGGCCCUCGCACAUGCCUACUUUGCUCAGUAUCAUGAUCCUGAUGACGAACCAGUGGCUGAUCCUUACGAUCAAUCCUUUGAAAGCAGGGACCUCCUUAUAGAUGAAUGGAAAAGCCUGACCUACGAUGAAGUCAUCAGCUUUGUGCCACCACCCCUUGACCAAGAAGAGAUGGAAUCCUGAGCACCUGGUUUCUUUUCUGUUGAUCCCACUUCACUGUGAGGGGAAGGCCUUUUCACAGGAACUCUCCAAAUAUCAUUCAAGUGCCUCUUGUUGCAAAGAUUUCCUCCAUGGUGGAAGAGGGGUGUGUUUGUGUGUGUGUAUGUGCACGCGUGUGUGCACACAUGUGUUAGUGUAUGUGCGUGUCUGUCUUUGUGGGAGGGUAAGAGAGUAUGAGCAAACUGUGAUCACAGCGACAUUACUUUGGAGUUACAGAUGCUCCGUGGCAGCCUCUGGUGGCUCUUCUUUGUGAGUCAGCUCAGGCAGGCAAGAACUGCCAUCUUUUUAGGGUUUAUUAAAUGCAAAGUAAAAAAUAUUAAACGUCCCAGAUCCCA